AUGGUUAUUCUUCACGAAAUUGGUCACAGUUUAGGUUUAUCGCAUAGUAACGAUAAGAAUGCUGUAAUGUAUCCCUGGUAUUCAUAUAAAUUACUCACUAUUACUCAGGAUGAUAUUAACGGUAUGGAGGCUUUAUACGGACGCAAAAGUACAUAUAUUACUACGCAGCAAACUAGUGCAUCAACCCAGGCAACACCGCGAAAAAGUACAUCUUAUAUUCCUACACAGGCUAGUACAUCAACUCGAUCGCAUAAAUCGAGGGUGCAUACUACAAGACCCCGUCCUAUACCAACCGAGAUUAUACCUCACCACACAACGAAAACUGCACCGCCUUUUUGUGCUAUUGAAUAUCCUAAUAUUCUCUUUCUGGCAUAUGAUCCUCAGUUUAAGAACCAUCAUAUGUAUAUAAUACAUGACGGAUUUGUAUGGAAGAAUGAUCUAAAUGGUCACAUGGUACCGAAUAAUCCCGAACAUUUGAGUACUUAUGUACCUAAACAAAUAAGAAAUAUUUCGUAUGUGUUUCAGAAUACGGCUGGUAACUUAAUUCUUACAUCAAAUAAUACUAUGUACUCAGUAUCAUUUCCCAGCAUAACUAUUUCAAGAGAUAUACCUCUGUUUAUAUUACCACCCCAUGCCGAGAUAAACGUUGUAUUUCAGACUCAUACAGGAAAGACAUAUAUAUGGUAUGACAAUACAUCAUUCAUUGAAUAUGACGACAUAAUAGACCUAGUCAUUAGCAGAGGACUUAUAAAGGACAUAUUCCCUGGAGUACCGACCACCGUUAAAUCGGUAUUUAAAUAUAUAGAUGGACAUUUAUACUUUCUAGAUGGCAGCACGUAUUACAAAUAUAAUGAAUUUACAAAGAAGAUCAUCGAAAUUGGCAGAUUUAAUUGGAACUUAUUCGGAAUUCCUUGUCCAGAUGACAGCCUGAUUACACAGUUGAAAUAUUUACUGAAUAAAGUUGGCUCUUUUUAUACAUAA